UGACCCAUCAUGGAUGCUGUGGACGCCACCACGGAGAAGCUCCGGGCCCAGUGCCUGUCCCGAGGGGCCUCGGGCGUCCAGGGUCUGGCCAGGUUUUUCCGCCGCAUGGACCGGGACGGGAGCCGGUCCCUGGACGCAGGGGAGCUCCAGCGGAGCCUGGCCGAGCUGGGGCUGGUGCUGGACACGGCCGAGGCGCAGGCCGUGUGCAGGCGCUGGGACCGCGACGGCAGUGGGACGCUGGACCUGGAGGAGUUCCUGAGGGCGCUGCGGCCCCCCACGUCCCAGGUCCGGGAAGCGGUCAUCACAGCCGCGUUCGCCAAGCUGGACCGCAGCGGGGACAGCGUGGUGACCGUGGAUGACCUCCGGGGGGUGUACAGUGGCCGCGCUCACCCCAGGGUGCGGAGCGGGGAGUGGACGGAGGAGGAGGUGCUCCGCCGCUUCCUGGACAACUCUGACUCCUCCGAGAAGGACGGGCAGGUGGGUGCACGGGUACCCCACCCCCUCUGCCCACACCCACGGCCCCCCCGCCGACAGCCUGUCUGCCCCCAGGUCACGCUGGCCGAGUUCCAGGACUACUACAGUGGCGUGAGCGCCUCUGUGGACACGGAUGAGGAGCUCGCGGCCAUGAUGACCAGUGCCUGGCGGCUGUGAGCGGUGCGCACCCACUCGGCUGGCACCAUGCUGCGUAGGGCCCCACCCAGCACCCCGGGGCCAGGGCCCCUCUCACCUGGGCUUCGAGCUGAGCAGCCCCGGGGUGGGGGAUGGAGGGGACUGUGGGAAGAUUGAGGCCGCAGAACCGGCUGGACCAGGUCUCCAGGGACACGGCUUGGCCACCAGGUGUCAGUGGGACAAAGGUUCCAACGAUGGGUCACCGGUUCAGGAGCCCAGGGAGUAAGACCCUCCGUGCCCACGCCAUGCCGACCCCAAGUCUCCUCCUGGCUCUGCUCAAGUGAACCUUGCCAGCACCCUCACCCCUCCCUCGUGACUCCCGCAGGAAGCCAGGCAGUGCCCGGGCGGGGAAGCAAGCCGCUCCUGUGAAGCAAGGCUCUGCACGGAGCGGCCGGUCUCGGAAGUCAGCGAGCUUGGUCACCUGCCCGGGUGUGGGGCGCGGGGCAGGCCAGGCUGCUGAGGAACCGUUCCUGGCCAGGUUGCCUGGCUUCCUGAGGCCCCUGGGGCACGCAGGAGGCCAGAGUUCUAGUUAAAAGUUUUAAUGUAGUUCCCAAAUACAUUUCAUAUGACAAUCUUACAUAAAUGUUCCAAAACACAUGGGCGUUAUCUGGUUUUACUUGUCACUAGUUGGCUAAGGCUUAAAGCAGAGAAGUGUGACCGGAUCUGCUGGGAGGGCCUUUGGUGUCGUCCCGUGGCUCAGGCGUGGACGCGGAUGCGGGCUGCACAGGCCACCCUGAGGUGUGGGCGGCACAGCUCAGACGGGCCUCCCCCUCACCCUGUGAGGGCCCUGUGCACAGAGGCCUCCUCUGCGGGCCCCGCCAGGCGGGUGGCACCCAGCUGGCUCUUGGCCACGCUACGGGGGGGGGCGGGCAGAGGGCGCCGCUCCUGUGUGUGCUGCUAGCAUGGGUUCUGCCCGCUGUCUGGAACCGGUCCGCUCGCUGCCCCCUCCUUGAAGGCCCUGCCAGGGUCCCCCUCUGCCUCUCACAGAGGCCCCCAGCCCUUGACGGUCUUGGGGCAGAGAUGUCCAGGGCUGGGAAAGGAAGGAACGGCCAACAGCAGGAAGCAGGUUUGCAUCUGGGUGCCUGAUGACGGGUGACCCAUGUUAUGGGGACAGACAGGAGGAUGGGGGGUGGGAGCCCUCCCACGCCCUCCCACGCCCUCCCACGCCCUCCCACGCCCAGUGACCCUUUUCUAGAUAGGCUCUCCAGGCCCAGGGCCCAACCCCUCCGCACACCCCCCGACUUGGCCUGGAGGAACCCCAGGUGGGGAACACGUGGGCCCAGCUCCUGAGCAGCUCUCUGAGCACCCCCAGCACGGGGGCCGGGGCCUCAGGGGGAACGAGGACGCAGCCCGCGACGGAGCUGUGCCUGCUCAACACACGGAAGAGAAGCGCCUCGAUCUAGGAAACCAAACACAAAGCCUUGGGGGGAAAAGAAGAGGUCUAAAAAUAAACCCCCCAAAUCAGAACGUGAGAGCUGGGAAG